AUGGCUGCUCGCAUCCAAAGUUCAGAGAAACAAGAGCCAUCACCACCCCGAUCACAACCAAAUUCGCUGCAGUCUCCUCAAACCCCAAUGUCAAGAUACUACUCCCAAUCAAUCAAAUCCUCGACAUCAGAAAACCAUGUUUCAAGCCCCGAAAUUAAGUCGCCCUUGACGGUUCAAAAGUCCUCCAAUGAAUCUACCAUUGGAGAGCAAACAUUAUUAGCAGAAGCCCAUAUUGCCGGAUUAUUGGAAGCAUCAGGGCGUGUCAAAUGUGUUGUAGAACAGACGGAACAGUUGCGAAACGAAAAGAUGGACGCGCUGGGCGAGAUUGAAGGCGAAUGGAUCAAUUCUACCAUUGCCGACGCCGAAUCUGCCGCCGACGAUCUCUUAUCAUUCAUAAAUCCACUUUGGAACCAAAGCAACAAAACUGGCGGUCUCACCCCAAAAGAGCGCAAGAGCUGGAAGCGACGCGACUGUCAAACUGCCACCAAGAAAGAAACCCGCAUGACCCUCGGCUACGAAAGACUCGUGACCGUCUUUGGCCAUCUCAAAACGAUACCACCAACAUCGGAGCUCGCUGCCACUGAGAGAGGACAGGAGGCGGCACUUGCAGCAUCCGGAUCUCCCCCUGUUUUGGCAGUGGCUGCCGAGUUAUCUUGUCAGACAACGGUGGUCUCCACCAUCGAGCUUCCUUGCCCAACCAAAAUUUUAGAACUUCAAACCGAAAGAGCUAUACCAAAGAUCAUUGUGACCCAGUAUGAAGACGACGCGAUUGAUGUCACAAGCCCGGAUCGCGAAGAUGCCCCCAACUUUCCUCCAAGCUACGAAAUUGGCCAGGUGAAGAAGGAUGACGAAUUAUUCUUCUCCUGA